CUUCUCAGUUCGCCACCAGUUUGCAGUGUUGUGUCCGAGUUAGCCGUUCGUCGGUGAGAUGAUGCUCUUGGCACAUUCCAUAGCUGGGAACGAUGUGCGCGUGUGCUCUGACCACCGCGACAAUACGUGCAGUGAACGCGCCUAGUGAAGCACCACGGACACGAAUAAUAGCCGUUGGAAUGCCUGAGGCGCGACACAUCUCCAUGCUUGCAUAUAACGGUACAAAGCUUUGUUGACGCUGACCGUUGACGCCAAGAUGAGGAUCUCCGCACCACUAUCCGUUUCAAACACAGCCUCUGUCACAGCCAUUUUGGGGGCCUUACGUCCAUGUUGGAGAUAAAGAUUCGACAGCCCCACUUGGCUUAUCGCAUGGAGAACCUCCCGUCGAAACGACUGCUGCACGCUCCACUUUCGCCAUGAAGCUCAUCGACCUCUUUGUAACGCUCUGCCAUCUUCUUCUGGUUACUGAAGCUGUUCCAGUGGAAAGAGAGGAGCGAUGCGACACACCAUCAUGCCGCCGAAACAAACUGGAGGCCAGGGGUAGAACUGAAUGCGACCUCCCCUCAAAAUACACUGUCGAAUGGUUCAUCGAGAAUGCGAUAGAGCGACCCGAGCCAAUGUCAUGCCUCUUUUACACACGCGGCUUAAGCAGGGCAGCGCGCCGCUACGCGAAGUCGAGACCUAAAGAAGAAGGGCCUUCUUUGACAACGAUAUGGGAUGUCUGGCCCAAGCAGUACUACAGCAAAAGAAUAACGAACACCAACCCCCUACGAUGCAUCAUGCAAGACAAGAAAAAGCAAACGCAAUAUUACUCCCACAUGUCGAAAGCCUUUGCCUCGAUGUGCCAUGUCUUCGCGACUGUCAUGGACAAAAGCAUUGGGCUCGACGCCGCGACGGUGAACGACGUUAACCAGAAUGGCCUCUGGUUCCACGCUGAGUUUCCAACCUUACAACGGCUCAAGCAAGUUACCAUGAUCGAAGCAAUAUCAGAAGAUGGAGGAAAGAGGUUUACAUAUUGGACGAGUUUAAAUAUGUUUGCAACCAGUGCGCAACAUGAAGACGUUGUUGACGAUUCGCCAAAACGCGCGGACACGUUAGAUUUCGAUUGGGAUCAGUCCACAGCUGAUGACAUAUUUGUUGAAGAAUGGGAUGUGGAUCCGUAGAGCCUCGCACCAUGCUAGUUGCAAGGAAUGUUAUCUUUCUGUUUGAUCCGUUCAAUAAGUCUUUCACCUCGAUUUAAAAGAGUUGUAGGCCGGUACAGAGAGUGAGAAUAAACUCGAGAUAAGUUCCUGCUUCAAGCAAUCCACUUAUGGCUUGAGCAAUCUCAAAGGGAAGGGAAGUGAGGCCUUCAUUGCCAACGUCAUAUGCAUCAAUGCGAAUUCAUCCGAAGAAAGGGCCAGCGGAAGAG